GAAGGAUAGAGAAAUGGCUGAAACGAACGGGGUGAAACCCCAGAGAAGAGCUCUUGUGAAUCGUACAACAAACGAAACGAAGAUCCAGAUUUCCUUGAGUUUGGAUGGUGGAUACGUAACGGUUCCGGAGUCAAUCUUCAAGGAUAAGAAGUACGACGAUGCUACUCAAGUCACCUCUUCUCAGGUGAUUUCAAUCAACACGGGCGUUGGAUUCCUGGACCACAUGAUCCAUGCUCUUGCGAAGCAUGGUGGGUGGAGUUUGAUUGUGGAGUGUAUUGGUGAUUUGCACAUUGACGACCACCACACCACCGAGGACGUUGGUAUUGCGCUGGGAGGCGCCUUCAAGGAGGCCUUGGGCCAUAUAAGAGGUGUCAAGAGAUUUGGUAGCGGGUUUGCUCCAUUGGACGAGGCUCUGAGCAGAGCCGUUGUUGAUCUGAGUAACCGUCCGUUUGCCGUUGUUGAGCUGGGACUCAAGAGGGAAAAGAUCGGUGACUUGUCAUGUGAGAUGAUUCCUCACUUCUUGGAGAGUUUUGCUCAAGCAGCUCAUAUCACGAUGCAUGUUGACUGUUUGAGAGGCUUCAACGACCAUCACAGAGCUGAAUCCGCAUUCAAGGCCCUGGCCAUCGCCAUUAAGGAAUCCAUCUCCAGUAACGGCACCAAUGAUGUUCCCUCAACAAAGGGUGUUUUGUUCUAGAUAGCAGUCUUUCUGUCUCUCUAUUUAUUCGAUAAAUAAGAACUAUGUAUAUUCUU